AUGGAUCCCAAGAGAGAGGUGCCCAAGAAAAACAACAUGGAGCAUCUAAUUGCUGACAGGCAGGAAGGAAUUGGUGUCUGUGGCUGGAUCCUGGUUUCCCUUUCAUUCCUCCUGGUCCUUAUUACCUUUCUGAUUUCCAUCUGGGCAUGUAUCAAGCUAGUUAUCAGAGAAUAUGAACGUGUUGUUUUAUUUCGUCUGGGACAUAUACUGUCUAAGAAAGCAAAGGGACUAGGUAUGAUCCUCAUACUUCCAUGUACAGAUACAUUGAUCAAGGUUGAUCUUAGAACAGUUACCUGUAACAUUCCUCCACAAGAGAUUCUCACAAAAGAUGCCAUUACUACCCAAGUCAAUGGGGCGGUGUACUACAGGAUCCACAGUGCUGUCAGUGCCAUUGCUAGCAUCACUGAUGUCCACUCAGCUACCUUCCUCUUGGCACAGACAACCCUAAGAAACGUUCUGGGUACACAGAGUUUGGCUCUGCUCCUGGAGGAGAUUGCACACAGUAUCCAGGCUAUCCUCGACAGCACCAUGGAGCAGCGGGGAGUCAAAAUGGCCCAAGCAGAGAUCAAAGAUGUCAGGAUUCCCAUGGCCGUGCAGAGGCCAAUGGCAGCUAAAGCAGAGGCUGCUCGAGAGGCAAGAGCUAAGGUGAGAUCCACAGCAAUCAGAGGGAAAAUGAAUGCUUCUAAAGCCCUCAAGCAGGCCUCCAUGGUGCUGGCUGAGUCUCCAGCAGGUCUUCAGCUGCACUACCUGCAAACUUUAACAACCUUGGCAGCAGAGAAUAAUUCCACCAUUGUCUUUCCUCUCCCUAUAAAUGUGCUUGAGAGUUUGGGGCAGAAAAAUAGAGGGGGAUAG